AUGGAGACGGCUUAUCCAAAUAUUAAUGGGCAAAUAUGGUUGUUCUUUGAUGCAUUGGUGGAAUGGGAAUUAGUGGAGGAUACUGAGCAACAGGUGACUGUGAGAGUGCUUCACCAUGACCUAGGGCAGCACAUGAUGAUGACAUUUGUUUAUGCAAAAUGUUCAGCAAUUGAGAGGUUGGAAUUGUGGGAUCACUUGUAUUACUUAGCAAGUGAUAUGAAAUUGCCAUGGUUGGUAGGAGGGGAUUUCAAUGUGAUAUUACAUGAAGAUGAGAAAAUAGGAGGACUACCGAACAUGUUGCCAACUAUUGAAGUUGAACAUCUAAUCAGAACUAGAUCAGAUCAUGCACCAUUGUUAAUGGCAUGUGGGGAGCAGACCACCAAUUUUGUCAAGCCUUUCAGGUUCUUGAACUUUUGGAAUAAACAUACUACAUUUAUGGAUGGGGUGAGGCAGAAUUGGGAAGCUAAUUUCAUAGGGGAUCCGUUUUUGAUGUGCAAGCAGAAGCUCAAGAGGGUGAAGGCAGCACUGUCAAAAUGGAAAAGGGAAACAUUUGGUGAUAUCUUCAAGCAAUUGGCUAUUUUGGAGGACAUUGUUAGGGUAAAAGAGAUGUUGUUUGAAGAAGAGCCUUCAAUUGAAAAUAUGAUUGUGCUUCAAAAGGCACAGUCUGAAUUGAAGAAAUACUUGAGUAUUGAGGAGCAGUAUUGGAAGCAAAAAGCUGCGAUGACUUGGUUUGCUGAAGGAGAUAGGAAUACAAGUUUCUUUCACAAUCAUGUCGAUGGCAAAAGAAAGAAAUUACAACUGAAGAGGAUCAAAAGUGGAAGUGGGGUAUGGAUUGAAGACCAGAAGCAAUUGGCUACAACGGCAGUGGACUUUUCAUCGAGAACAGUUCACAAAUGA